CACGCCUAUAGUUCAAGCUUGUAACAGGCGGUUGCACCUCAUACGAACUGAGUCGUGCUGGUCCCCCCCGGGUGAAGAUUGAAGAACCAGGAGAAAAGGAGACUUCUCAAAUAAGCUUCUCAAAUAGGAUUGGACUGGUUGAGAUUCCGUUCCUGGAAUCAAAGAGGAUGACAGGUAAAAUGACGUGCAACAUCUGUGAUAAACAAGAAAGAUGACGACUUUUUACCAUAGAUGGAAAUUGAUUUGCAAUCUUGUGCUCGUUUAGUCAACAGCAUCAGCACCCCAGAUUCCCAUUUACAGGGAAGGAAGCUCCACCUUCUUUUCUUAAAAAGGGGCGUUCUUUGUUCCGCUCUCAUGGUAGCCAACCGCUUCCUACAGAUGUAUGUGCGGUGCGGGCAAAUUUCUGAUGCCCGUAAGCUGUUUGAAGAUAUGACCGACAGAAACCACUUCACCUGGAACACACUGCUAGAAGGGUACAUAAAAUGCGGGAUGCUAAGUGACUCGUUGCAGCUAUUUUCGAGAAUGCCCCAAAAGAACGAUUUUUCUUGGAAUGUGAUCAUCAUUGGACUGGUAAAAGCUGGGGAGUUAGGUACUGCUCAGCGUCUUUCCUAUGAGAUGCCAAGAAAGAAUGCUAAAGUAUAUAAUUGUUUGAUUGAUGGGUUUACGCGAAAUGGAUUCUCCAGUAUUGCUUUACAGUUGUUUAGGGAGUUUUCUAAUACAGGAGGCCGUGUACCUGGUGAGAUAUCCUCUUUAGAUCUUUUUGUUUUGACUUCGGCUGUUAAGGCUUGUGCAGAUUUAGGAAGCCUUCAUUUGGGGAAGCAGAUUCAUGCUCGCAUUAUAAUAGAUAAAUUAGAAGUUGAUUCUACAUUGUCUAGCUCACUAGUUAACAUGUAUGGCAAGAGUGGAGAUCUGGAUAGUGCUCACUAUGUUUUGAGUAAAGAUAGAUUUCCCAAUGAUUUUUCCUUAUCCGCCUUGAUCUUAGCAUAUGCAAGGUGUGGUAGAAUGAAGGAUGCGAGACAAAUUUUCGAUGCCAAAGGUAUAAACCCUUGUGUUGUAUUGUGGAACUCAAUGAUAUCAGGAUACAUAGAAAACUAUGAUGUGUCAAACGCCUUUAUCAUGUUUAAUGAAAUGCAAAAAGCUGGAACCACAGCAGACUAUUCAACUUUAGUUGUUGUUUUAAGUGCAUGCAACAUAGCAAAUAGUCUUGAUAAUUGCCAGCUUUUACAUGGUUUGGCUUGUAAGCUUGGGUUACGAGAUGAUCUAAUAGUUGCCUCCUCAUUAGUUGACACAUAUGCAAAGAGUGGACAUUCAUGCGAUGCAUGUAAAGUUUUCGAUGAGCUAAAAGUGCAUGAUACUAUUUUACUAAAUUCUAUGAUCACCAUUUAUUGCAGCUGCGGUAAAGUCAAAGAUGCCAAGUGUAUAUUUGAGUCCAUGCCUCACAAGAGCUUGAUAUCAUGGAACGCAAUAUUAGUUGGUUUAACCCAAAAUGGUUUAUCAUCUGAAGCCAUUGAUUUUUUUAACAAGAUGAAUAAGAUGGAUUUGAAGAUGGACAGGUUUAGCUGUGCUAGCAUGAUCAGCGUGUGUGCCAGCAUCACUUCACUCGAGCUAGGCGAACAGGUCUUUGCCAGAGCUAUCGUCAUAGGGAUUGAUUCUUACCAGGUUGUUUCUACCGCCACACUUGAUCUUUAUUGUAAGUGUGGCUUAGUUAAACAAGCUAAGAUGCUUUUUGACCAAGUCUUGGCCCCAGAUGAGGCUUCAUGGAAUUCUAUGUUGAUGGGUUAUGCUACAAAUGGCUAUGGACUUGAAGCACUGGACAUAUUCUCUGAAAUGAGACGGGCGGGUGUGUGGCCCUCAAAUAUCACACUCACGGGAAUCUUGUUUGCGUGUAACCACUGUGGGUUACUAGAAGAAGGAAAAAAGUGGUUUGAUGCAUUUAAAAAUGACUACCAUAUUGAACCAGGGAUUGAACAGUACUCAUGCAUGGUGGAUCUGUAUGUACGAGGUGGAUGUCUUGAUGAGGCUGUAAAUAUCAUUCAAACAAUGCCUUAUGAGGCUGAUGUAAGCAUGUGGUCAUCAAUUUUGGGAGGAUGUGUUACUUAUCAUGGUAAUGAAGUCUUGGGAAAGCUAGCUGCCAAGAAACUUAUGGAGCUUGAUCCUACUGAGGAUUCAGGUGGUGCUUUUGUACAAUUGUCAAGUAUGUAUGCAGUGUGUGGGAAAUGGGAAAUAUCGGCUAUGGUCCGGAACUUGAUGCGAGAAAAGGGUGUCUGUAAACUUCCUGGACAGAGCUGGAGAGUGGAGAGCAAGGAUGGUUUUUUAACCCACUCGGCCUGAUCAGUUGAACUUAUAAAGAUAAACCCAAUUUGUCAUUUUACUUUAAAACAGACACAUGUAUAACUGAAAAAUUGACAUCUGAAAUGACUUCUGAAAUAUUGGGUGUGAGGCGACCACUUACCCGCCUUACUUCAUAACUAAUAAUGCCAGAGAAGCUAUCAAGAAGGGGGAUUUCAUCAUAGAGUACAUCAGAGAAGUAAUUGAUGAUGCUAUGUGUGAAAAGAGGCUUUGGGAAAUGAAAUACAAGAGACAGAAAAACUUCUACAUGUGUGAGCUAUGGAAGGAUUUCACAAUUGAUGCAACCUUUCAAGGCAAGUUGAGCAUGAGACACGUGUCGGUGUGUUUGCUGAACGGGACAUUGAAGUGGGAGAGCCGUUGACUUAUGACUACAGGUAUGCCACCUUAUUGCCAUCACUUGAUUUCAGUGUGGAUUAUCUAUAUAAGAAGAUGCAACUUUGAACCAUGGUUGUCACUGCGAGUUUGAACAAACAGUCACUCUUGGAAGCAUUAGUUAUAAAACAAUUGCAGAACUUUAGCUUGCAAUGGAUAUGCAUAUUUAGAGGCGUAGCCAGGGCAUUGGGCUGGGCCACCUGACUCUUUUACAUUAAUAAGUAAAGUUUUUUUUUAAAUUUGGGGUGGGCCUGGGCGAAAGGGAGUAGAAUUGUGUGCUGAUAUGUCGUCGUCUGGUGAGUAAACUUCGUGAAAAAAUUUGAAUUUCUGCUUCUUUGGUUAACGGAGGCGCUAAGUCCCCCGCUCUUCCAGUCCCCCACUCCUUGAGGUGAAUGUAGUGAGGUGAAGAGGAGUAGAAGUAGUGCAUGUCGCGUGAUGUCUUCAAUAGGGACCGAGGGUCAACACCUUUUGUCCAUGUUGGGGAGAUGCCUCGUUAAAAACCUCAUUAGGAAAAAACCCGGUGGGAAAAAAUCCUAAUGAGGGAAAAAGAGUACACCGGAUGCCCCCAAAACGAAACAAAAGGGCUGAGCCCUUCGGCCUAGGUGUGGAACUGCAACCAUCGACAUUUGCUAAAGGGAUGACCAAGAUUAUCGAUCCUCGUAUGUGCGUAGCUCGGAAUGAUAGGUAGCCCUAGUCAUCAAAUAAAGAUGACUAAGAGAUAGGUCGAGUGAUCAUCCAUAUUAUGAUGUCCAGGUCAUCAAAUAAAGUGACCGAGACAUGUGGCCGAGAGGCCUAUAAGAAGUCCAAGCCAUCAAAUAAAGAUGACCAGGAGAGACGACCAAGUGGUCAGUAUGAGAUCAUCAUUUAGUUGCACCUAUGCAUUCAAAUAAAAUUGUUGUAAUUUCUUGAGCUUAUAAUUCGCUAUUGGAUUUGGGCCUAAAUUAAGUUGCCUCAAAUUUCCAAGUUGCAGCUCAAACUAGGUUUCUAUGCUUAGUUGGAGCGUGGCACGCAUAAAGGACUGAACCUACCGCUGAGGGAUCGCAGUUCAUUUCUGAUAGCUAGAGACACACAUAACUCAUACAAAACAUAGAAACUAAAGUAUGCAUUUGAUAACAUAUGGAUUGGGAGCUUACUAUCCACACUCGUUUGACGUGACCCGGUGGCGCGAGUGUGUGUGCUCGCCCGGUGUACGCGAAUGCUCGGAAUUCAUAAGUCCGUUUUUUCAAUGUCAAAAAAUACACACUAUUUAAAAAAUAAUGAUAGUAAAUUAAUAAUCUAGCUCAACUUGUCACUCAAAUUCGUAGCUGGGAUCCGCUAGACGCUGUUUACGGGUCUUUUCACAGAUGACUCGCCCCUUGAGAUUGAAGUUUGAUGCUAUAUUAUUAAAAUAUUUCAUCAUUUUUUUGUAAAUUAUCUUAUCAAAUUUAUUUUUGGCAAGUAAUAGGAAGUGGGAGAAUACUUAUCUUUUAUCUUUUGAAAAGAUUAUUAUGCGGAUUAGAAUAGAGAGCAGCACUCCAUGACCCAUCAUCUGCUUGAUUAGAAUGGUAGGAGACUCUUGACCGAGUCAACACUUUCCAAUCUAGUUGCUGCGUGGUUUCUCAUGCCCUGCCUGGCCUUUGUAUUUGUGAUGCACUUGAUGAUAUAUCUACUUGGAAUCACAAAUGAAUUGUCUCUUGCCUUGCAACAAAAAGAUCAAAAUAUUGUCUUGGCUAUUCAUUUGAUUAGUACAAUGAAGGCCCAGUUACAAGAAUGUCGAGAUAAUGGAUGGGAUAAUCUCUUCAAGGAAGUGAAUCUUUUUUGUGAAAAUCAAAAGAUUCCAUUAUCUAAUAUGGAAGAACAUGUGAAAGUUCGUGGUCGUAGUAGGCGAAACGGAGAGACAAUUUCGAAUUUGAUACACUUUCGUGGGGGAAUAUUUUGUGAGGUUCUUGAUAAGAUGAUUUCAGAGAUGAGCAAUCGUUUUCCUGAAGCAAGUACUGAGUUGUUGAGUUGUAUUGCAUGUCUUGAUCCAAGAAACUCUUUUUGUCAUUUUGACAUUGACAAAUUACUCCGCAUGGCUGAACUUUAUCCGGAGGACUUUUCAUGUACUGAUCGUGUUUUACUCGAGCAACAACUUCAGACUUAUAUUCAUACCGUCCGGGAUCAUGAUCAAUUUUCUACGGUUGAUGAUUUAGGAUGUCUUGCCAAGCAAAUGGUUCAAACUGGAAUGAACAAGGUUUUUUCAUUGGUAUACCAUCUUAUUGAGUUAGCUUUGGUUUUACCGGUUGCAACUGCUUCAGUAGAAAGAGUCUUCUCUGCUAUGAAAAUUAUCAAGACUGAUUUGCGCAAUGGGAUGGGAGAUGAAUGGAUGAAUGAUAGCUUGGUUGUAUAUAUCGAGAAAGAGAUUUUUGCAACCAUUGAAAAUGAAGUAAUUUUGCAACGCUUUCAACAGAUGCGAACUCGCAGGACACAAUUAUCUCCCCUAAUUUCUCAGAGUAGUUAGUUUUGGACUUAUAUGUAAACAUUAAGCUUUACGACACUUAAUUUAGACAAUCAUAUGUGUUUUUUUUCUAAAUUUAUUAUGAUGUAUUUAUUUGAUACAUUCCUCGUCACCUGCUCGAAAAAGUUCUGGUUCCGCCGCUGACUGACGGAGGCCACAUCUCCAGCUUUGGUGGAGUCCUUCAAGGCUGCGACGACCAUAACUUGAAGCAGCGCAAGCGAGAUAUGCAACCACGGUUUGCAAGAUCUGCAGCAACGGUAACAGAAUCUGGACUGGAUGGCAGCAAGAUUCAGCUGACAGCGCGCCGACGGUGGCAUCUCUGGACCAGAUCUGGAAAUUUUAGAUUUGAAAUUCCAUAUUUUUUCAUUUUUUGGAUUUUCUAGAACAUUUUUGGCUAGUUUUUUUGUGUUUGGAAUGAAUUUUGGGAUGUUUUUUGGAGGACUGCUCACUUGAUUUUGCUCAAAACUCUCAAUGAAAGCAUCAUUGAUGGAUUGUUGGGAUCCAAAUAUAUAUAAUUAGGGAGAGAUUGAGCUAAAGAGAGGGAAAAAAGAAUGAAUAGUAUGUUCUAAAUGUUAGGAAUUGUGUUCUAGGGUUUACAAGUGACUCCAAGAGGAGUAUAAAUAGAGAAAUAAUGGGCCGGACCGCUAAUAUGGGCCCAAUAGGCCCAACUACAUAAAAGACUAAUCUAGUACAUACAGAUGAUAUAUAAACAG